CUUUCGUGUAGUUGGCGAUUAUGUCUUUGAAACAGAACAACCAACUUGACAACCUAUAGAUUUUGUUGUAGAAGUUUUGGUGAAUGCUUGUGUGCGUUUGAGGAACGUUGAGUGUUGAUGAGUGAAGCGAUUACUUCCAUUUUCUCUAGUUUUGCCUGAAUAAUUGAAUUAGAUAGUGCCGUUUUCUUGACCAAGUGCAAUUGUACAUUGCAACUGCGUUAUCUAAUAGAUCCCCAAUACAAUGGUGUCAGACAAGAAGACCGCUCGGCGCAGUAGGAGUAGGGAGCGAGAGAGAGAAAAAGAAAAGGAUCGAGAAAAGGACAGAGAACGUGAAAGAGACAGGGAGAAGGAAAGGGAGAGGGAUAAAGAUAGAGAUAAAGAUCGAUACAAAGACAGGGACAAGGAUAGAGACAAAGAACGAGAAAAGGAUCGUGAAAAGGACAGAGACAAGGAUCGUGAUAAAGAUAGAGAUAGACAUGAUCGUGACAGACGUGAUAGAAGGAAGAGGUCGCGCAGUCGCAGCUUAUCCAAGGAACGUGAUAAGGACAAAGGAAAGAAGAAGGGUGACAAGAAAGAGAGAUCUAGGAGUCGGGAACGGGACAAAGACAAACAAAGACAUCGCCAUAAGGAUGACAAAAGUGGUGUGAAAGACGAAGAUGUAGAUGUAAAGGGUGAAGUGAAAGAAGAAGUUGCUAAGAAGGAACCUUUGUCUUUAGAAGAAAUUCUUUCAAGGAAAAAGGCAGAUGAAGCAGCCAGAAGCAAGCCGAAGUUUCUUACAAAAGAGGAGCGUGUUGCUGAAGCUAUAAAGAAGAGGCAACUAGAAGUUGAUGAGAUACGCCGUAAAAUGGAUGAAGAGAGAAAGAAACGAACUGAAUUUGGAAAAGAGGCAAUGAAGUCUUAUGAAGAAAUGAGGAAACAAGAACAAGAUAGAGAUAAAGAAAUAUAUAGGAGACGAGAAAUUCUCACCAAAAACGAUGAGGACACACAGUACAACAAAGACAAGGAAAAAGAAGUUGAGGCCAUUCGUGAACGAUAUCUUGGUUUGGUGAAGAAGAAACGACGUGUGAGGCGAUUGAAUGAUCGCAAGUUUGUCUUUGAUUGGGAUGCCUCCGAAGAUACAUCCGUUGACUACAAUCCGUUGUAUAAAGAGAGACACCAAGUCCAGUUCUUUGGGAGAGGAAAUGUGGCAGGCAUAGAUAUCAAAGCACAGAAACGAGAUCAGUCCAAAUUUUAUGGUGAAUUAUUGGAAAGGAGGCGAACAGAAGCUGAGAAAGCGCAAGAAAAGGUUCGACUCAAGAAACUCAAGAAGAAGGAAGAGAAACAGAAAUGGGAUGAUCGUCAUUGGUCUGAGAAAUCGAAAGAAGAAAUGACUGAAAGAGACUGGCGUAUUUUCCGUGAAGAUUACAAUAUUACAAUCAAAGGUGGUCGAAUACCGGAUCCAAUUCGAAAUUGGAAAGAAUCUGGUAUCCCACAAGAAAUCUUGGAGAUCAUUGAGAAAGUGGGCUACACAGAAGCUACUCCCAUCCAGCGGCAAGCUAUUCCUAUUGGUCUUCAGAAUAGAGAUAUCAUAGGUGUUGCUGAAACAGGAUCCGGCAAGACACUAGCCUUCCUUAUUCCUCUUCUUAUGUGGAUUCGUUCUCUCCCGAAAAUAGAACGAGGACCAUAUUCAAUCAUUCUUGCACCAACUCGUGAAUUGGCCCAGCAAAUCGAAGAGGAAACAAACAAGUUUGGCCAACCUUUGGGUAUUCGAACAGUUGUGGUGGUUGGUGGUUUGUCACGAGAAGAACAAGGUUUCCGGUUGCGAAUGGGAUGUGAGAUUGUUAUUGCCACACCAGGUCGUCUAAUUGAUGUGCUGGAGAAUAGGUAUUUGGUAUUGAAUCAGUGUACCUACAUUGUACUUGAUGAAGCAGACAGGAUGAUUGACAUGGGUUUUGAAGCAGAUGUGCAGAAGAUUUUGGAUUACAUGCCUGUGACAAAUUUGAAGCCAGACACGGAAGAUGCUGAGGAUGAAACUAAACUCUUGGCAAAUUAUAACACCAAAAAGAAGUUUAGACAGACUGUCAUGUUUACAGCUACUAUGCCUCCAGCAGUGGAGCGAUUAGCACGCACAUAUCUACGUCGGCCUGCGGUGGUGUACAUUGGCUCCGCUGGAAAACCCACAGAGCGGGUGGAACAGAUUGUGUACAUAUUGCAGGAGAACGACAAGCGUCGCAAACUUCUCGAAAUUUUGGGCAGAGGUGUUACACCGCCUGUCAUCAUUUUCGUCAACCAGAAGAAGGGAGCAGAUGUUCUUGCCAGAGGAUUGGAAAAACUGGGCCGUGAAUAUGCUUUGGCAAGUCUCAAAUCCGGUACCAAGGACAUUCUGGUUGCAACCAACGUGGCUGGUCGUGGUAUUGACAUCAAGGAUGUCUCUAUGGUUAUUAACUACGACAUGGCAAAGAGCAUUGAAGAGUAUACUCAUCGUAUUGGGCGAACAGGUCGUGCCGGUAAACACGGAAUGGCUGUGUCCUUCUGUACUAAAGAUGAUUCUGAACUUUUCUACGAUCUCAAGCAGUGUAUUCUCUCAAGCCCAGUAUCUACUUGUCCCCCUGAGUUGCUUAAUCAUCCUGAUGCUCAACAUAAACCAGGGACAGUUGUCACUAAGAAGAGACGUGAAGAAAAAAUUUUUGCAUAAUGGAUAAUUGUAGCGGAAUUGAAAAAAAUUGUAAAUAUUACUUGAUAGACAAGUUAAUUUACCCCCAAAAAUGUAAUUUUAUUAUUUUAAUUUUAUGUAUUCUUCUAAAAGAAUAUAUUAUGUACUCCAAGGCCCUAUCAGAAAAUAAUAAAUAUUUGUAUAAUAGAUCAAUUCUUAUAUGAUCAAAACUGAAGUAUCAUCUCUAAUAAAAACACUUCUUUCUAUAA